AUGCAUCCGUUGCAUUCGAAGCCUGCUGCUACCGCCGGAGGAGCGGAGGAUGCUGCGCAAAACUGGCCUGGCUGCUUCCGGCAUGUGGCGCGGUGCCGCCGACUGAACAAGGAGGAGGUGGUGCUUAUCCUUUCCGAUCCCCUCAAGUUCGGUCUCGUGCGGACCGAGGUGUUGCCGGCAGAGGGUAUCGCGAACGGCACCGUGUACCUAUGCUCCAAGGACCGGGUUCGAGUGCUCAAGCAUGACGGAAUCGACUACGUCAAGCGCAACGCAGCGCAAGGCUCCAACCGGAUUCGUGAAGACGUCGUGAAAAUGAAAGUGAACGGACGUCACGCCGUUAACUCGUACUCUUCCCGCGGGUCCGGCUCCGCCUGCUUCUGGAGACGCCGCUACGCGCUGGAGCCGCCGUCCGUGCCUGGCCCCGGCGGCGGCCGGAGCCACCAGACGGUGACCUGGGGGGACCAGCUCGUCCACUACCUCGACGACGAGGAGGCGCGAGGCUUCGCGCGGCGCAGCCCGUUCGGGGCCGCCGGCGUGGCGCGUCCGCUGACGAGCGAGGAGUGCUGGCGAGGUCGUGGCGCCCAGCUUCCCCCGGACGGGAACCUGUUCCUGCCGGCCUCGCGCCGGGAGAGCCGAAGGGAGGACCUCGCGGCCGCCGCUGCGGCGGCGGCGAGGGCUGCGGCCGCAGCCGCCGUCGCAACCGUGUCGGCGCAAGAAGGAAGCUCGCAGUUCGCUCGCGGAGUUCUGGGCGGCGGCGGUGGCACGGGGGGUUGGGUAGGAAAGGUGCUGCCCGGCGCGCGCGGCGGCGGCGGCGGCAGCGGUGACGGCAGAUACGGAGGCGGGGCCGGCGCCGGCGCGGGAGGCCCGGUCGAUGUCCGAGCGGCGGCGUUGCGCAACAACGUGUGGGUGGGCACGGGCGGCAGCGACAUAUACGCGAUGAACGUUAAUGGAAGCAGCCGGAAAGGUCCUGGGAGAGGAGGGAGAGGACGGGAGGCAACGGAAGGCAUAUCUCCGAUGAGAUCGGACAUGUCCUCUCCGCAUACGCCGCGGGGAGAACCAGAACCCGCGUCGGGACUUCCUCUCUGGGACCCUAAAAAGAUGGCCGGGGCGCAACAGCAGCAACAGCAGGCUGCGGCGUGCCUGAACCCUACCGCGUUCGGGGACGACGAAAUGGUCGGGCUUGCAGAGUUUGAGGGUCUUGGUGCAGGGGACACGAACCCCGGCGCCAACGGGUCCAACACCGACGAGGAUAUGCACGACCUCUUCCGCUCCUUCCUGGUGGACGGCGAAGACCUCCUGACGGUCUCUUCCCAGGGCAACCACUCGAGCGGUAGCCAGUCGUCGAGCGUGCACCCGGAGCUCACCCCACCGUCCGGCUUCCUCCUGAGAGUGGGCAGCGGGGGCGGCGGCGGCGGCGGCGGCGGCGGGAGCGCUCUCGGCAGCGGGAGCAGCAGCGGCAGCAGGUUCGGAGGGAUAGGAGGAGGGGGAGGGUACGACGCAAACGGGAGCUUGGGGGGGAUGAGGCGGCGCGCGAACACCUCGCCCGAAUGCGACGACAAGGUUACCGGCCCGAUUCCUUCUUCUACUCAGGGCCUGCGCAUCACGGACGUCCCGUUCCGGCCGAUCUCGCCCUCGCACUCCAACCGAUCCCCGAUGGGGAUGCUCCCCGCGCUCGUCGGGUCGCCUCCCCGCCGCGAGGCUCGCCGCACCACCAUCAGCGGCGGCGGCGGCGCCAGCAAUAACAACAUGCACGCGCGGAGCGCCUCGGUCAGCGGCGGCGGCGGCGGGGUCACCCCGUCCUCCCCGGGGUAUUUUCUCGGGGUGCACAACGGCGGCAGCGGCAGCUCGGCCGGCGGCGUCAGCAGCGGGAGCGGGGCUGGCGUGCCGGCUCCCUCUCCGUCUCCCUCGGGGGCGGCGAUGCAUGUGCCUGCGUCUAGAGGGCUUGCUGGCGCCGGCGGCGCUGGCGGCGCCGGUGCCGGCGUAGAGAUCGCCAAGAUCGUUGAUUUCUCGCCGACGUGGGACUAUGCGCCUGGUGGAGCGAAGCUGCUUAUCUGCCUGGCGGCCCCAGUGGAUGUGGAGGUUGGAACGCCGGGGCCUAAGGUCUACUUCGCCGACCGCGCGGUGCCGUCGGAGAUGGUGUCGCAGACAGUCCUGCGUUGCAAGGUUCCGCCCGGGCCAGGUGUCGACGGCACGGGGCCAGUCCCCAUCCACGUCGAGGUUCCCUCGCGCUCGCUGAUUGGCAUGCGUCGCACCAGCAGCGCCAGCAGCGUGGCGUUCGACUCUGGGUCUCGCGGGCGGCAGCAGGGGGGAGAUAUGUUCGAGUACCGGUGCCCCGCGAACAGCCCGUCUGGGUCUUCCGCUGCCCCAACAAUAAGCCGCAGCGGAACGCCUAGGACUCCGGCCAAGCGGCUUACCUGGCACGAGACGAAGGAAGACCUCGCCGCCGCUGGUGGUCAGGGCCUCGGAGUGCGCAAGCGAGACUGGGGCGAGGUUGCCGGCGCAGGCGCCUCCUCGUCCCCGAUGGAAACGGUGUUGCCCUCCCCGAUGGCGGCCUCCUCCUCCUCCUCGCCCUUCGGGGCGCUGCACAACCAGCAGGGCCGCCGCCCCCCUCCCCGCAGCAGCACGCCCCGCGAGAGGGAGACCCCUUCGUGGGUCUGCAGUGGCGACGCCGGGGGCGGGAAAGUCGCCGGGCGGGACUCCCUCGGCUCGAACCGUCGCGCGGGUGGUGUCGGCGGUGUUGGCGGCAGUUCGCGAAGAGGCCACGCCGGCGCGGCGUGGCGGCGGGCGUCUGCGGACCUCGGGCAGACGGCGGCCGCCGCCACCGCUUCCGCCGGCGCCGGCGCCGCGGCAGAAUCGGGGGAGGACAGCCUGGGCUACCCGCUCCUGCCCUGCGACGGGAGGGAGUGCAAGAUUCGCAUCGUGGAGAGGCUCGACCAGAUCAAGGGCUCCCGCGUGUCGGGCGCCGAUUCGGAAGCGCCGGCAGGAGGUGCAGGCUCUGGCGCGUUCGUCCAAGGGAUUGUGGGCACAGCUGCCGGUGGCGGCGGGGACGGCGGUGCGUGGCCGAAGAUCGGCGGUGGUGCGCAGCAGCAGGUGUCCUCGGGCAAGGUGGGGGGUUCCCCUUCCGCGCCCGGGGGGCUUGUGCAGCCGGGCGUCGGGGGCGGGGCGGGAGGCGGAGAGCUUGACGAUUCGGAGCUUAGCAAGCUAGGAGACAGAGAGCUCGAGGACCUGCUAGAGCAGAUGUGGAUGCAGGUCAUGGGGCAGCUCACUGAUCUGGAGUCCGAGCUCAACGCCUUAGACUCUCGAGGUUUCAGCGUCCUGCACUACACGUGUCUGCACAACCUUGGCGCACUCGUUCCGGUACUGGUUGAGAGGGGUGCGGACGUGAACCUUCGGACUGGAGACGGGAAGAAACAGACUCCUCUGCACUUGGCAGCCAGAGGCGGGAGCAUCGGCAUCGUUCAAGAGCUUGUCAAGCAGGGCGCGAUGGUAGAUGCAGCCGACUCCGAUGGGCUCACGGCGGACAAGCUGGCCACUCGCUGCAACAAGCAAGACAUGGCUCUCUGGCUCUGGUCAAAGAGCGGCGCGGCAUCCGCCGCCACCGCCGGUGCCGGUGCCGGUGCCGCCGGGCACCCCAGCAACUUCAACAGCAGCGGCAGCGGCGGCGGCGUUGGGCCAGUCGACGGGACCCCUCCGCUUGACCGGGCGUCCAGCGCCGGCAUCGUUGGGUUUUCCCCGCGGCACCACCCUGCGGCGGGCGCCGUCGGCGGUGGCGUCGACAACUGCACGAGGGGCGCCGCAGCAGCCGAUGGCGGCGUCGGCGGCGCUGCGGCCGACGAGGCGCCCGCGCUGUCGUCUGGGUGGGGAAGCCCGAGCCCCGCGAGCACGGGAGGCGUGAACGCAGCCGGGGUGCUGGUGGGAGGCGGCGGGGACGAUUGUGCGGCGGGAGGGAAGUCGGAAGACGGCCCGUGGGGACUCGGUAUUCCUCCACCUGGGGGAGGCGGUGUCAGCGGAGGUCUCGGUGGUGCCGACAGUAGUGCCGACAUGGGGGAGGCCGUCCACGCGAGCGGUGACAGGGGGCACGACGGCUGGGAAUCGGAUGAGGGGGACCGCGAGAACGGGGGCUCGACGGAGCAGCUGCUCCAGGACGCGUUCGCGAACCUCAGUUUGCACGAGAAGUGUGCGCUGUCACUGCACGUUUCGCACCAGCAGCAGGGGGCCGCGGGCAAGGAUGCCGGUGCCACCGUUGGCAAAGACGCGUCCGAGCUCUCCGGGAUGUCGAAGGAGCUUGCCGGCGUCGAAGAGCGCGGCUUGCGGGAGGAGGACCUCCGCGCGAUCAUGUCGAUGAUGGGGCCCUCGGACUUGAGCGAGGUGGAAGACGAGGUCAAGGUCAUCCAGCAGAACUUCAGGGCGUGGAUCUUGCGGUGCAACUACAAGAGCCUCAGGAAGGCGGCCAAGACUCUGCAGGAAACGAUCCGCCUGCCCGCUCGAGCAGAUGUUGUUGCUCUAGCCUUGGAGAACAGGUCUGCCUGA